AUGUUCGUCUACCAAGGAAAGCUCAACUGGUACCACUAUGGCGUGGACGAGACCUUCGUCAUCGUCCUGCCCAACGGUCCUGUCCGUGUUGGCGAUAGCGUCUACCUCUUCUCUCAGUGGACGGUAGAUGCCCAAGGCAAUAAGAAGAGGAACUGGUUCGACACCAUCAUUGUCGAUUCCGUCACCCAGACCCAGGCCACCGAUGUAACCUUCUACCUGAAGGGUGCUUGGUACAACUAUGCUGUUACAACUGAGGGAGGCUACAAGUCCCUCAGCGUCGUUAUGAGAAACCCCACAAACGGGGUCAGCAAGCCUAUGCCUCUUCAGCGCAUCUGGGAGUCUGAGCAAGAGCUCACUGGUACGACUCGCAUCUGGACCGGCAAGUUCAGCUGGAUGCACUUCGCCAAGGAUGAGCCGGCCAUCUUCAUUGUUCCUGAUGGCUUUGGAGAGGGAAAACCUAUUCUAUCACUCUGGCAGUACACCCAAGACUCGGCUGGAAAGCUCAAGGACCCAUCCUUCCGCAAUGCGGUCCAGAAGUCUGUGUCUGGCAUCGGCACCGACGUCGUCAAGUUCUCCUACCACUCAUACUACGACAUCAGCUGCACCUGGGAGGCCAAGACUGAUAAACUUGCUGUCCACGUCAAGGAGGGCAGCCACGGCGAGGAUGUUGGUAGCAUGAUUCGCUCGGCCAUCAUUGAGCGUCAGGCCCACACCCACGACUUUGAUCCUCCCGAGCCGACUCCAGGGAAGACCGAGGUUGAAGUCCGCUUGCCCCAGCCUCAGCCUUCACUCCCUCGCAUCCUUGGCCCUCUGCCUUUCCCCAAGGGUAUCAUUGACACCUUGGCUCAUACCGCUGCCUUUGUGGACCAAGCCGGCUACCUGGCCAAGUAUGCUCAAGAUCGCUUCGCUGCCUUGGAUGCCGACUACCACACUCUCCUUCGGCAGCUCGACGCUGCGAAGGCGAACAUCAAAAAUCUCACAAAGGCAAAGGAGGAUCUCACUCUUGACCGUGACGGUGCCAGAGCCAAGGCUAAGAAUUUGGAGGAGGACCUCGCCAAGGCCCGCAAAGAGGCAGACGAGCUCCGCAAGACGAUCGAGAAGCUUCGGCGUGACAUCUACGAAGGGCAAAUCCAGGACGAGGAAGCCCGCAAAAUACUCAAGGAUACCCAAGACAAGCUUACAGCUAGUCAAGCCGAAGUCAGCGACCUCAAGCAGAAGCUGUCCAAGGCGCAGGGUGAGAUUGAAGAUCUCAAUGCACGCAUUGGCAAGCUUCUCGACAAGGUGAUCGAGCAACAGACCGACAUCUCACGCCUUGAAACCGAGUUGGACGUGCAAACCAAGAAGAAUGCAGAGUUGACCAAGGAGUAUGGUCAACUCAAGUCGGCCAACAGCGAGCUUGAGGCUUCCAAGAAUAAGACUCAGGGGCUGCUUGAUCGGGCCAACAAGAGGAUCGAGGAGCUGGAGCAGACGGUCAAGGACCAGCAGGGAGACAUCGACAACCUGAUCAAGGAGAAGGAUGACGCACAGUCAAAGGUCUCGGCCGCACAGAAGGCGCGCGCCAAGGCCGAGUCUGACCUGGCGGCGCUCAAGAAGAAGGCCUACGAUGCCGGUAUUGAUUUCUGA